AAUGUCUCUACGUUGUUCAAUGUUUUAAUGUUGUGUUUCCAUUUUUAGCUCCAACCAGACUACUUGACACUAAAUUCCAAUAUUAAUUUAUUAUUUGUAUGCGUGUGCUUGCAUUUAUGUUUCAAAUUUUUGCAAUUGAUAAUUUUGCAUAAAAUGUCUACUUAACAAAAAACGUAUCUAAUGCAUAUAUUCUAUUUCUAUGAUCUAUUAUAUACUUGCGGUUAAAUGUCAAAUGUAACUUUUGUGUCAUUCUAUUUCAAAAGAUUUGUUUUGUUAGAAAAAUAUCUUUAGCUUAAAAGAUAUUUAAAAAUGGUUUCUGUUAAUUUGAAAGACUUGGUGGAAAAUGGUUUUGAAUUCACAGUCAACCAAGAAGAUGUAGAGGAUGAAGAAGCAGAUAUAGAGUAUAAAAAAAAUUUGUUACAGUUUAUGAACAUGCAAAUAGCAGGUUAUCAGGAUGAGGAUACAUAUGUUCAGGGUCAACCAUUUGAAACAAUAUCUUCAAAGAUGAUAAAUAUAGUAGAACGAGGUGCUAUUAAAAAAAGGAUUAUUCGAGAUGGAUAUGGAGAGAAACCUCAAGAUUCUGAAACGGUUUACAUACAUUACAAUGCAUACAUUGAAUAUAAUGCAGAACCCUUUGACUCUACUUAUGCUAGGAAAAAACCACAUAAAUUUCUCGUGAAUUGUGGAAAAGUUAUUAUUGGAUUAGAUAUAGCUGUUCAAAGUAUGAGAAUAAAUGAAAAAUCUCAGUUCUUAAUCCAACCAAAUUUUGCCUAUGGUAAAUUAGGUUGCCUUCAAAGAGUCCCACCUAACACCGAAGUUCUAUUUGAAAUAGAGUUAUUGCAGAUAGUUAAUGCUGGUGCAGCCUUAAGAUUUAUUGAUUUACCAGAAGAAGAGCAACGUAAAUUUACCAAAGUAUAUGAGUAUUGUUUAGCACUUUGUGCUAAAGCUAAAGACUUAUAUGUAAAAAAUAUCAAUGCCGCAAUUAAAGAAUAUAAUAUAGCUGUGAGUAAACUGGAAAUAUGUCAGCUAGAAACUGAAGAUGAUCAAGUAAAACAACAGGAGCUACUUUUAAAAUUGUAUACAAAUUUAUUGGUUGCAUAUACAAAAACCGGAGUGCCUAGAAAAGGUUGCAUAAAUUUUAAUAGAAUCAGUGAAUUGAUUAAAGGCACUGAUAUAAAAAUGACAGCCAAAAUGUACUAUAAUAAUGCCAAGUGCUUGAGAAUGUUGGGUGAAUUUGAUUUGGCAAAAAAACGAUUGAAUUUGGCUCUUAAAUUAGAACCCAAAAAUCCUGAGAUAUUAAAUGAGAUGCUAACAUUAGAUAUGAAGAUUAAAAGUUACAAAGAGAAAGUGACUCAAAUGAGCAAAGGUCUAUUUUCUAACCCUAAGCAGGAUUAAACUUAAAAUGUUGGAUUUAAUUACUUUUUCAAUUUUUUGUUUACAUUAUUUCAAUAUCAGUGAACAUAUCCUAAGUUUAUAAGUGGUUUAUUACUUGUGCUUUCAAUUUUACAAAGUGAAAAAAAAAAAGAUGUAAAAACACUUUUACAGUUGUAGUUUAACCUUAAAGUUGAUACUUAAUUAGAUAAAAGUGUAUAGAAGAUAUUUGUGCCAAUUUCUUCAAUAUUAAUUAUGUUAUAAAAUUAAUAUUGAAGAUUAAUUCUGAAUUUGGCUAAAAUUGUUCAUUCAACCAUUUUUAAUCUAACUAUAAGAAUUUUACGUUUAAUUUGUUGAUUUUCAUAGGAGGUAUAUUAUCUCCUUUGUAGUUGGGGUCAGGCCCGCUUAGGCUAAGCUUUGGUACUUCUGGUGAUGUCUUGAACAUGCCUUUGAAACUCAUCUCACUCAAACCUCAAGAAGUCCAUUAGAAAAUUAGAAUGAGUCUCCUGUUAAUUUACAGACAUAAAACUGAUACUUGAAAUUCAAUAAAAUGAUCUUUUUGUAACUAGAUAUUAGUUUUUUAUCUACUACUAAUAAACAUUUAACAUUUUGUCCCAUUAUGA